CCCCAGAAACAAGCCCGUACCUUUGAUCCUCCUGGACUCACUUUAGACGUAUAGCGGCUUAGCUGUUUGAGAUUCAACAUGACUUGAAAUGUUGAAUUAACCUUUAGAAAUAUUAAAUGUUACAAGCGAAUCGGGAGGACAAUGGACGCUUGCUCGGUAAUAGGAGAAAGCACGGAUGCGAUAGUGAUGGAUGAUUCUCCUGCAGAUGAAAGGGACAUUCAGCAGGCUUGCCAGAGUGAGAUCCCCAUGGUUUCUCUGUGCCCUCCCGACAGCUCUGCUGAGGCCCAGUUGACAGUCAUCCAGUCCGGAGAGGAGCUCUGUGACAGCUGCAGCAGCCUUGGCAGGCCCUCUUCCUCCUUCCAACUUUAUCACCAAGUACCACAGUCUCUCCAGGCGGGAGCCUAUGAUUCACCACAGCCCAGGAAAUGUCCCCACUGCCGCCAUCACGGGCCCGCCAAAGCGCACGUCUGCCACACCUGUCAUUCAAACGCAGCCAGUCAUCAUGCCGAAGGAGGUGUGGUGGUGAAAGUGGGACACAGCUGCGCUUGUGGCCAACAGGCGUCGUGUCACGGGGCGGUGAGAUGUCACUGGCUGCACGGGUCAAAUGAAAGGGGAGCACAGAAACCCAAGCAGCGUCAUGUGGUGACAGUAAGCAGGGAUGGGGGACUUUACAGCGUAAUUCGAAACUAUUCCCAGGUGAUUGUGGACUAUCCAUUGGCAGUCCUGAUGGGCUGUGCCGUGCUGCUUCUGGCGCUCUCACUGGCAGGGUUGUUCAUCGGCCCGCUGCCAGACUUCUCUGAUCCUCUGCUUGGUUUCGAGCCGCGGGGUACCUACAUUGGGGUUCGGCUGUCCAGCUUAUCUGUUCUCCAGGACAACACUGGCCCGGGGAAAGCCCUAUCCACUCUACCACAGCAGCUCAGUGAAAGAUCUGAGGGGGUUGUCAGCAGGGAGACUAAUGGCAGUGAGGAGUCAUCCAAAAGUCGUACUAAGAGGAUGCUGGCUUCAGACUCGUCUCUAGACACCUUCCUCUGUGAUGUUCUGGAUGAGCGUCUGGCCCAGCUGGUGUUUCGAUCAGAAAAUUCAGCCAAUCUCUGGAGCCUGAAGGCGAUUCACGCCAUGUGUGAGAUAGAGCAAUCCAGGAUUCGCUCUCAGGCCAAGUUCCAGGACCAGUGCCAGCAGCAUGUGAGGGUGGAAGCUGAGGGAACGUCCAGGAGCGGCUGUUGUCCCAGCUGGUCGCUGGGGAAUUACUUGGCUGUCCUUUCCAAUGCUUCCUGCUGCCUCAGCCUCACCUCACAGCAAGUUUCUGAGUCGUUAAGCCUUCUCCGGAAGUGUGCCCCACACUAUCACCAAGGGCAUCUCGUGGAGACCUGUGCUGACAGACCCGAACAUGGCAGCUGCUCCUCUGUUCCCUCCCGCUGCAAACAAUCGCAUGUGGUGUUCCAAAUCCUGCACUUCCUCGUUGACAAAGACUUCCUCGGCCCACAGACUGUUGAGUACCAAAUCCCAACGCUGAAGUACAGUCUUGUAUUUCUGCCCAUCGUCAAAGGAGAGCACAUGAUGGAGAUAUACAUGAAGAGUCUUGAAAGCAGGGGCCUCAGCCACAACAAUACAACCAUCACUGGCAUAGACUUUGGCAUCAAGAAGACCGUGUUCAAAUACUACCUGGCGAGAGACUCAGUAUACCCUGUCCUGGCUGUUGUAUCCCUUUUGUUCACUAUGGCUCUCUAUCUGAACUCUGUCUUCAUAGUAGCAUUAUCUGUGCUGGCUAUCACAGGUUCGCUCCUCACCUCCUACUUCUUCUACAAAGUAGCAUUUCGUUUGACUUUCUUUCCCGUGAUCAACCUCUCGGCAGGCCUCAUUCUCCUAGGAAGCUGCUCCAAUCAUGUUUUUGUUUUUGCUGACUUCUGGAAUCUGCAGCUAUCACAAAACCCUUCAGCCUCUCUGGGGAAGAGAGUUAACAGAGCUUUGCAGGAAGUCGGUUAUUUGAUUUCAGCAUCAGGGUUAACCUCCAGCGCAGCAUUUUGCGCGGGUUAUCUCAGCAGCAUCCCAGCGAUCAGAUGUUUCUCUAUAUACCUAGGAACUGCCUCUUUCAUCAAUUCACUCUUGGCCUUGGUGUGGCUCCCUUGCUCUUUCGUCUUGCGCGAUCGCCACAGAAAGAUUACAUCUGUGUCGUCAACAGUGCAAGCAUGGAAGCCCUGCUGCUCCAAAGACACCAGUGGCUUCUGGGAUUCAAGUCCACGCAAGAGAUGGCUCUUCACCAUAGUAAAAAAGCUGAGAGAAAUAAAAAAAGGUCUCGCAGACACCUAUAACUUAUUAUUUCUAAAAAUUCUGCCUUGUGGAGUGAUAAAGUUUCGGUAUAUCUGGGUGUGCUGGUUUGCGGUAUUGGCAGCAGGGGGCGUGUACAUGUCCUGUGUUGACCCAGGCAUGCAGCUGCCAACUCUUGACAGCCAGGUGAUUCAGCUCUUCCGCUCAAGUCAUCCAUUUGAGAGAUACGAUGCUGAAUACCGUCACAUGUUUAUGUUUGAAAGACAAAGAAAUGGAGAGGAUAAGCCUGUCACAUUAAUGCUUGUUUGGGGAGUCAAACCAACUGAUAAUGGGGAUCACUUCAACCCAAGAAGCAAUGGCUCGUUAAUUCUUGACCCUGACUUUAACAUGAGCCGACCUGAAGCUCAGGUUUGGUUGAGGGAUCUAUGUGGAAGAGUUCAGAACCAAAGCUUUUACUCCUCUCCAUCACCUGAGGAUAAAGAUGUCACAUUAGACAAUAUAUGUCUUGUAGAGCAGCUGUUGCGCUGGGUAUCUGUCAGACGGUGCUCAGAAAGCGAUGAUGCUCUUAAUAUCUGCUGUAAUAGCAUCCCCUUCCCCUACCCUCCCACAUUUUUUGAGAACUGCCUUAGUAUGAUGCUGGCCGACAGGUAUGCUGAGAGCCAUCUGGCACACAGGGGAGGUCUGUACUUUGGACCAGACGGCAAGGUCGCUGCCCUUGUGUUGGCCUUCAAAACCACGUACCUGUACAGCUUUAAUUUCACCAAGACCAGUGUUUUUUACAGAGAAAUCCUGACAUGGUUUAACAAAGAAAUCUCAGGAGCACCACCAGGUCUGGAGAAUGGCUGGUUCAUCAGUCCCCUGUCUCUUUUUGAUCUACAACAGUCUUUAAGUUCUGAGACUCUGGUAGUAGCUGGCUUCUCAGUUGCUCUUACGUUUGCUUUGUUUCUGUUAACCACCUGGAAUAUCCCACUGAGCGUAUAUGCCACUGUAGCUGUAGGGGGGAGUGUGUUUGUCACCGUUGGCCUACUUGUUCUCCUUGAAUGGCAGCUGAGCAGCAUUGAAGCUUUGUUUAUAUCUUCAGCUGCGGGAUUGUCUAUUGAUUUCAUUGCGGAUUAUUGCAUAUCCUAUAGCUUAGCUCCUCAUUCUGAGAAAAUUGGAAAAGUUGCACACUCCACGAAGAGGAUGGGAUGCCCUGUAGCAAUAGUUUCUGGUGCAUUUUUCUUCAUGGGAAUUGUCAUGCUUCCAGCCACAGCCUUACAUUUCAGAAGGCUUGGGAUUUUCCUAUUUUUGGUGAAAUGUGUUGCAUGUGGAUUUGCAACGUUUUUCUUCCAAUCCAUGUGCUGUUUUUUUGGACCCCAGAAAAAUUGUGGGACGAUAACGCUACCAUGUUUUUCAGAGCAGACGGACGGCACGCUUACCUCUUGUUCUGAACCCUGUUCGUCAUCUGCCUCAGCUGCCAAUGGGGACUUUGGCAGAUCCAGGGUGAGGAGGAGUUUUGACAGAGAGGCAGGUGGUUACCUCAACCCCAACCACCAUCAUCAGCAGCAACAGACAGGACGAGGGGGUGGUGUGAACCCGGGGGCAGAGCAGUACGAGCUGCAGCCAUUGGCUUAUCGGCUAAGUGACAGCUUUGAGAACAGCACCUGCACCAGUAAACUGUCCAACCGGCCCUCUGUGCUCUCUGAUGAGAUUGAGUACAGUGGGGGAGAUGUGGGCAAGAAUAGCGUGUAUAAAGAGAGUGAAGAGAUGUGCAGCCAUCAGAUCUGCCAGCCGCCACCAGCCCUGCAGACCUCAUCUCCUUAUAGAGAACAUAUCCUACGUCCAGUAGGCCUAGUGCAAGAAGAUGCAGCUAGAAGUGAGCUGCUGUGUAAAACCUGUAGGGGUCAGUCAGUUAGAGCUAAACAGUGGAGCAAUACAUCCUACUCCUCAUCAUCAAGCCUCCUCAGUCACACACUAGAGACCACUGAGCAGCCAUCUCACGGCAAGGCUCAAAAUAUCUCAAAGGAAAGUCAGUAUCACUCUGAGGGGCCCCUCUCCUCCCAUUCUCAAAGCUCCUGGGAGGGUCUGGAGGACUCCUGUGAAACAUGUCUCAGUGACAUUGAAGCAGGGUCUUCCAACCUGCAGGAACAAGAUGGGGAGGCAGAGGUUCAGCUAAAACCGGGACACCUCAAUGGGAAGAGAGAUACACUUCGACUCUCUCUGAAAGAAACCGUUUAUGAGUCUUGCGGUAAGGACCGCACCAGUCGGAGUGAAGAAAUGGUAAUUUUGCCAAACAGUAAGCCUGACUUACCAGACGUUUGGAUAAAGCGAGAUGGACAAACAGAAGCAACAUGCUGAGAAAUGACGGGGGAAACUUCUGCAAACACUGUGCAUUCAUGUUUGAAACUUAAAGGAGCUUGAGGCAAGAAUAAGAAAUGAGACUCAUUAGCGCCACGACGACCGUCGGGGGUACUGCAGCCAACAGCGAAGCCGGCACGGGAGAACGCGCAUGCAGCGUCAUUUGACGUCACAUCCGCAGGACAGCCCGGGAAAUUCCGGCCCGGAAUUGCAGCACAUUUUGCAGCACACAGCCUGUUCAAGGCAACGGAGAGAUACACUAGAGGGCUCAUUCUUUUUGGUUUGGAACGCUUCAUCUGACAUUAUUACUAGAAAACUUAAAACAUAUACGCAUUUUUUUCAUAAAUCCUGCCUCAAGCUCCUUUAAGUGAAAUAAAUAUUUUACUUAAUAAAUGAAAUAGAUGUUUGUAUAAUACUCAAAGGAAAUAUAAGCCAACUGCAAAUUGAACUAGUGAAAGCAUGUUUGUCUAAUGUUGCCGUUAAGGUUGUGUCAUUGUCUUUUACAAAUUAGAUCACAGCAUGGGCGUUUCUUUAGAAAAGGCUUAAAUCAAAGCGUGAGUUCUCACUCAAGCAGAGGAGAGCGAACGCUUUCUGUUCAGCUACGACUUUCACCACCUGAAAUCAAAGCUGCGGCAUGUCAUUAACAUAGAAAGCAUCUUUAAUACACCUGCUGCCUCUUGAAUUUACUUUGUGCCUGGGACUUUUUUAACUUCUGAGCCUGUGCACUCUGCAAAGCCUGGUUUUUAACAGCUAUAGUACAGUGUACAGUGUAAACUAUGCGCACCAUGCUGGAACUCCCAACAAGCCUUGUUUUACUCAUGGAUUUGGGUCUAUAGUUAUCGACCGAGCCCUCCCAGUUCAUAAUAUGGAUCCUCUUGAAAAAAAGAAACAAAAUGUUACAAAUUUAAAAAUCAACUUCAGUGGACUCUGAUACAAAUAUUUUGAAGUCUGGCUUUCCCGUUUAUCACCAACUGCUCAUUUUUAUCAAGGUUUCAAUAAAACUGAGGAAAAAAAGAUCAGUUUAGUAAUCAGAAAUCCAUAGUUUCUGAGAAUAUUUGGAGUAUAGUUUUAAGAAUUUUUUCCAAUCUAAACUCCUGAGAUUGUUGGCAUGAAAAUACCAAAUAUAAAUGGGACAAACUGAUAUAAAACUGCAUUGCGCGUACCUGUAUGACACAUAAUUUUAUACACACAUUUCAGUUACUUUCACAUCUAGAGAAGCAAACAACUGCCAUUUAACUCCUGUCAGUUUUGCACUCUGUUGUGAUGUGUCCAGUUAGUUGUUUGUAACCAUGCAAUCAGAGGCUUACAAUCAGAAGCAGGGUGUCAUUUGUGGUGUCAUGGCCUGCUUUUAUGUUUCACUGUCAAGUUAAAAGUCAUGCUCUUUAAUGAAGUUUCAAAAAUAAUGUUUACUUACUGUAUGUACAGAUUUUAAGAGUGGAAAAUGUUUUCUAUUACAGAUAUAAAACAUGAUAUAUGUUUAUAUAUGUUGGGCACAUUGAGGUGUAUAUACUAUUCCAUGGUCAAGGAUGUCAGAGUAUACUUUAAUUUUGGAAUAAUAGUAAUAAUAAUAGUAAUAAUGAAAAAAAAAUCAUUUUAUAUUUUCCAAAAAAAGCUAAUAUAAUAUUCUGAGCUGCUGCAGCUAGCUUGGCCGCAGAUAUUCUCUCUCAUCGAAUAGGUCUGGCGCCCAUCCCAUCCCCCCCCACUUCCACCAGUACAAUUGUAAGGAGGCGGGGGUAGGGGCGGGGUUUAUGCACUUUCACAGGAGCGUCCAAAUGCCACUAUUCAAAACAACCAAAAUGGCUGUAAAAUUGCUAAUAACAUGGAUCUACAAAGUUUUACUGCAAAACUGACAACAGUCACUCACUGCAGUUCAACAGCCAGCCUUGAUAACAUCUAAGUGAAACUGAUGAGAGAUGCAUAAAAAGAAGGUAAUUGCACAGACAAUGUGUUGCAAGCCUCUUCUGGUUUUCUAAACCUAUUUUUUUUCUUAAAGUUCUAUAAUAUAUAUAAUGUUGGCAUCAAUGCAAAAGCCUGUGGUGUUGUUUACCAUACACGAUGAAAACUGAAAUCAAAUACUUGGAUUUCUUAAGUGUACCUUUUAAAUGAUCACUGUGCACCUACUCUGGAUUAUUUUGUGUAGUAAGACUGUCUCUCAUGUGGACACACGGACAAUAUCCUAUUUGGGAUAUGAUUAAAAAGGCAACUAAUACUGCCUGAACUGGAUUGUCCACACAUUGUCAGCAGUUUGUGUAAAAACUUAAACACCCUUUAUCUUCAGACCAUCCCACUGCUAAAAUGUAAUCACCUGGUUCUGUGCAGCUCAGUAUUUAUGACAUGAACAGUAAGUGCCAAAUGUCUUGUUUUAGAGUGAAAGUGUAUGAUUUGUGCAAAGUAAAAGGAGAUAUAUUUAUGGUCCGUUAUGUGAUGUUAAGUAUGAAACUCAGAGGUUUUGAAGUGGCAGUGACGGUGGUUCAGCAUGAUGACCUUGAUAAUAUCUUCAUGAAAAGUGCAUAUGAGCAGGUUUUUUUCCAUCAUUGAGUGUACAGUGACUAACUGUCAAUGAGUCUUCACUUUAAAUCACUCAACAGAAACAACACAAAAGAAAUCAAUCAUAGGCUUCGAGGUCACCACCACCACCAUUAUAUACCACUGUCAGUGAUGUGAACUUCUU